AAGGAUACAUUGAAGGAAGCUUGUUUCUGUACUGGUUAAGUAGUGCAGUACAAAUGUACAUUCAAAGAAGCUAGUUUCUUUACUGGUGAAGGAGUGCAGUAUAUUGAAGGAAGCUAGUUUCUGUACUGGUGAAGGAGUGCAGUACAAUGGAAGAAAGCUAGUUUCUGGACUGGUGAAGGAGUGCAGUACAUUGGAAGAAGCUAGAUGAACAAAAUCUUUGGACUUGACAGUAGUUCUUGCUAUCACUUUUGUUAUUCUUGAUGCUUAGAGAUGGCAGCUAAUCGACCAAGGAGACAUAAACCAGAGAUACCUACUCUUUACCAUGAUAAUGACAAGUGGAGCCUUAUAGAGAAAAGAAGAUACCAAAGAGCUUUGUUGAAGUAUAGUCCUCUAGAAGUAGAAAAAAUUUCUAAAUGUGUUCAAACCAAAAGUGCAAAGGAGGUAAAGGCAUAUUUAGAACUAAUGGAGAAGAAAGUAAAGAAAAAAGCGCAAGAAAGACCAAAAGAAGCAACAGAGCUGUGGGGUACUUUAGCUUCAGACUUAGUAUCAUGUGAAUUGAAGGAUUAUAGUGAAGCUUUAUCACAGGUAAUGGCUGUAGCAGGAAAUUUAGAAAAUCCUUACCCACCAGAUUCUCCUGAUGCUCCAGAUUACAGUUCUAUUUAUAGAUACAUGUCUGCUAUUCUCGCAGGGACCGAUUUACCAUAUUUAGGAUAUCUUGAAUGUAGUAUUGUUCAAGAUCUACUUCAUGGUUUGGUGGAUACAAUCAGAACAUCUGAUACAAGUAAACAGCAGGAGAUUAUGAUUAACAAAUAUCAUCUAUUGACCAGUAAAAUAGAUAUCAACAACACUAUGCUUAAUGUAAAGAGGUGUCGUAAAGCUGUCAAUAAUGAUUUUUCUGACUUUGAAAAAGCUGGGAAUGAUGCACACAGGCCCAGAUCUCCCAUACUUAUAGACGAGAGCGUACCAGUUUAUAAAAAAAAGAAAGAAGAGAGCACACCAGUCAAUAAAAGAAAGAGAGGUAGACCAGUGAAAAGAAUAUCUACCUCAUCUGAAACUGUACCUGCAGACAAGGAACCAGAAGACCAGUUGUCUACAAGUCAGGAUAAAGAAUCAAAUAGAACAGACAAAAUUUCUGACACUCCAGGAAAAAAAGGAUUGAGAAAAGAUUCUAGUCCUCUGCCUGGUCCAUCAGGAGAUGGCUCGGGUACAGAUAAAAGUCAAUAUCCAAAUUUAAAGAUGCAGAAUAAAUCUGAUCAAAAGGUUACCGAAACUCAAAAAAGUGCUACAAAAAGAGGUCAGUCAGCAAAAGCUACCACUAACGCUGAGGGUGACAGUUCUAAAGAGAAAUCUUUACCACCCAGUAUCAGUCAAAAACAGCCUGGACCGUCAGUUGAAACAACAUUUAGUUCUUUAGCACCCAAUGAAAAUGGUCAAGAUGAAGUAGAUGGAAGUCAAAAUGAAGAUAUUCCAAAGAAGCCUUCAUUGUUUACAUUGAAUCCAUUUUGUAUUCCAAUAGACUUAAUUAGAUUUAAUCCUUUGGUUUCACCAACAGUUGUCUUUAACCAAGUAAAAAAGAAUUUAACACAGAUUCCAGGUAUUGUACCAAAAACACAAAGGAAUGAAAGACAGCAGAAGGAUGGAGAGGUGGAUGUAAUUUGUAUGAAUGAGAAAAAACACAUUAUUGGUAGAGAAAAAUUCAUCUCUAUAGUUCGUACUAGCAUGAAUGAUGACGACUGAAAAUAUAAGUCAAAAAGAAAAGUUAAAUGCAAAAAAAAAAAUGCCUUUAAUGUUCAGGAUCAUGUCUUUUCUCAACUGUAAUAAAGAUUUUGAAAAAUGA